GUUUCCGAUUCAGAUGUAGCUGUAUCUAUAAUUUCAAUAUUAGUAUGCUUUUCUGCAUCCUUUUGUAAUUGAGCUUUGCCUUCCGUUCCGGCCUGCUUGCGAUUUUUUGGAGCGAAUUCCAUCUCAGGUGAUUAGGUUUCGUAUGGACUGGAGAUGUACAGCUCAUUUUAAGACACAUGAAGUUAGGUCUGUGAAGUCCUCUUCAUUUGUCAAGACAUCAGUGACAAUUCGGAGGAAGUUGAACCAUCAAAAAACCAGUAGCAACUUCGCUAUUCGGGCAGAGUACAAGGAUCAGAGACGUGCUGGUGGCAGUGAAUUCAUUGCUGGAUUCCUUCUGGGAGGUGCAAUAUUUGGAACGCUUGGAUAUGUUUUUGCCCCACAGAUAAGAAGAUCACUGCUAAAUGAAGAUGAAUCUGGUUUCCGAAGGGCCAAACGACCAAUAUACUAUGAUGAAGGUUUAGAGAAAACCAGGCAGACCUUAAGUGAAAAGAUAGGCCAACUGAAUUCUGCAAUUGACAAUGUCUCUUCCCGGUUGAGAGGUAAGGACAAUAUGCCUCAAGUUCCCAUGGAGAGUACUGACCCCGAAGAAGCCACCAUGUAAGAUCUACUUAGUUUUGUUUCUGUACAAAUGGUAAUAGAAUCCAGGAAAAAACAAAAUUUUUGCAGACUUUUGAAUGAAACUUAUUGCAUCAACACAGCAUAGUAUAUUAGUAUUU